UCUUUCUUGUGAGGUAUGUGGCUGGUGAUCAGCAGCUGCACCGGCAAGACAGCAGCGCUGCGACGUGCGUACAGAGCCAGGCUUUGGCUGUAACUACACUAAAGGGGAACUAAGAAUAACUCUGUAACGGAUAUUUUCAGUGUUAAUAGAACCUGUUCGAACGCAUAGGAAUGCACUGAAUUGUGUAGCCUACGAACACGUCAAGGGCCGUCUUCUGCGCUCGAGCUUCACUCUCCAUUUAUUUGGAUUCUCUUUCCCAGCAUCGCGUAUUGAGAUGAUCUAUUUUUGUGAUGGCGAGGCGUCUGUUUCCACGUGCCUGGAUAAAUAAAUCAUUCUAUUUCCAGGCUCGCAUCUCCUUUGUGCGGGUGAAAUACCUGUUCCUCACCUGGCUGACAGUGUUCGUGGGGGGCUGGGUGAUCUAUGUCCAGUACUCCAACUACACUGAGCUCUGCCGAGGACAUGAGUGCAAGAACGCCAUAUGUGAUAAAUACAGGAGGGGCAUCAUCGACGGCUCGGCCUGCAGCAGCCUUUGUGACAAAGACACCCUCUACCUGGGCAGAUGUCUCUCUACCAGCCCCGAACACCAGGUGUACACAGGUGGUUGGGGUGACCUGGACGGGGUGAUCCGCUGCCGGGUGGGGGAGGUGCUGCACUAUGAGCUGGGAGAAGAGCCGGAGCCCAGGAAGGAGGCUGCAGUCUUCGACAAACCCACCCGCGGCACGUCUGUGGAGAAGUUCAGAGAGAUGGUCUUCAACCACCUGAAGUCAAAGUUGGGCGAGCAGGCCAACCUGGCCAGCCUGGUGACCCAGAUCCUCACCGUCGCCGACGGCAAUAAGGACGGGCACGUCUCCCUCCCCGAGGCCCGUUCAGCCUGGGCUCUUCUCCAGUUGGACGAGGUGCUGCUGGGCCUGCUCCUCCAGGACCGGGGCCACACCCCCCGGCUGCUGGGCUUCUGUGGGGACCUGUACGUGACCGAGAGGGUCCCCUACGGCCCCUUGUACGGUGUCAGCCUCCCCUGGCCCCUGGAGGCCUGGGUCCCCAGUGGGGCCCGACGCAGCAUGGACCAGUGGUUCACGCCCUCUUGGCCCCGCAAGGCCAAGAUCUCCAUGGGCCUCCUGGAGCUAGUGGAGGACAUCUUCCACGGCACCUACGGCAGCUUCCUCAUGUGCGACCUGAGCGCCGAUCACUUUGGCUACACGGACCGCCACGACCUCCGCCUCACCGACCCCAGGGCCAUCGUCUCCGAGGACGCGUUCCGGCAAACCAUGCGCUCGCUGCACUGCGAGAAGGACGACGACUGUGUGCUGGGGACGGACUGCCGGACAUCGUGCGAUGUGGCUCAGAGACGAUGCAGGGAGGAGGUGACCCAGCCCAACCUGGCCAAAGCAUGCGGGGCGCUGAGGGACUACCUUCUGAGAGGGGUGCCAUCAGAGCUGAGGGAGGAGUUGGAGAGACAGCUGUACGCCUGCAUGGCCCUCAGAGGCUCGGCGGGACAGAUGGACAUGGAGCACUCCCUGAUCCUGAACAACCUCAAGGCCCUGCUGUGGAAACAGAUCUCCCAUACUAAAGACUCGUGAUGAGGGGACAACACAACCAAGUCCUCAAAGACCUGACUCAUGCUCAAAUACUUAAAGGAAAGAUUCACCCAUUUUGAAUGUUAUAUCGUUUUUGUGCAUCUCUGAGCAAUAUUCUAUGGAUUCCCGGGGUCAUUUCAUGUUGUCACGUGUAUCUGAGCUAUUGCUGUUCAAGCAGGCAGAAAUACACACAAUAUAACAUUCAAAAUGGGUGAAUCACAAAAACUCUACCACUUUGGGUGGAUCGUUCAUUUUAGACAUACUACAUUGUUUUUUUUACCACGUUUUGCUGACUGUCAUUGGAAGAAUGAUAAUUAUAAUUAAUGUUCAGGAUGCUGGAAAAUAACUGUAGAUCUGCUGUUUGACGGGUCUCAUUGGAGUCUUGUUUUUCCCUCUUGGAAAAAACUGAUGGAACAUUUUAAGUGGUAGUAGUUUAGUAGUUGUAUGAACUACACAUUUGAAGUACACUUGCACAUUAUAUGAAGACUGAAGCAUGUUUCGGUUUCUUAAAUGGACAAUGUGACCAAGAAAUAUAUCAGAAGAAACUGAGUAUUAUAGAGGUCUAAGGUAUUGUCCUUCCUCCUAAGUGUGCACUUGUUCCCUUCUCUUAUUUGAAAGGAAAUGACUGGUAUAAGAAAUAUGGUGGAAACUCCCUGUAGUCCAUACCUCGACUAAUCCAAUGCCUUUAGAUUUAUGGGAAAUAGUGGAUAGUGUACACUUCAGGAGAUAUUAUUGGGACGCACCCAGGAGUCGUCCACGUCGCUGGACAUUACCACCCUCACUUGUUUAUUGGCAUACAGCAAUGCUGAAUCAGCCUAUGACGAACCAUUAUGCUUGGUUUGUGUACCAUGUACAUUUCUCACGAAGAACACUUGUAGUUUUCCACUAACCAUGGAGUGUAUUAUGAAUACUAGUGCCAUAAACAAGAGAUCAUGCUGAAAAUACUGUAAUAGACUUGGAACUAGUCUCACGUUUUUGUAUGGAUGUUUGACUACCACUUGUGAAGGAGGUACUGUACAUGGAAUGCUUGCUGUAUUUGACUCCGUUUCUACAUUCUUUCAAGCGCGACCUUUAUAAACAAGGUCACACUUUGUAUGUCUUUUAAACAGGAAACCCCGUCUGAUGUGGUUUCUGAAGGAGCUGAAGCUCAUAGCUGCUGUUGCCGGAUGAAUUGUAUCAAUAUAGAUGUAUGUUUUCCUUGAAGUUUGAACCAGCAUGAUUUUGCACAAUAAAACCACAUACCACUCA